GCGGCCUCCUCGCGGACCACCUCGCGCGGUCGGGGCGCGACGUGCUCGGCGACCAGGCGCUCGCGGCCUGCCUCUGCUCCGCCGCCGCGACGGCCGCGUGCCUCCUCCUCGGCGACUUCGGCGCCGCGCAGGCCGCGCUCUUCGGCGCGAUCCUCUGCGACGGCUUCGCCAUGGCGCCGCAGUACGCCGACGUCCAGGCGCUGCUCCCGCGGCACCUCCUCGGCCCGGCCCUCGCGCUCCUCUCGACGGCGACGACGCUCUUCGAGGACCUCCUCGAGCUCGGCGUGGGGCUCGCGGACGAGCGCAACGGGGACCUGGGCCUCGACAUCGGCCUCGCGCUCGCGGCGUGCUACGCCGCGGCGCUCGGCGCCGCGGGGCUGCGCGUCGCGCGGGCGGCGCGGAAGGCGCCCGGCGC